CUCCCUGGGCCAGGCGCUCACGCACACAUACAAACAUUCACACUCCCCUUUCCCUCCCUGGCGCCCUCUCCCACCUUCUCCACGGAGCGCUCGCUCGCGCUCUCGUUUUCUCUCUCCUAACACACACACACACGCACGCACGCUCUCGCUCACACUCGCGUCCUCUCGGCCCCCGCGCUCUCCUCGCACCCACCUGCUCUGCAGCGCCCUGGGCGCAGCCCUCGGUCGCGCGCCCCUGGCGCUCCUGGCUCACACUGUCACAGCUAGCGGGGGCAGCGUGCUCCGGGGUGAGCGCCCCGCCCCGCUCGCCCUCCCCGCCACAGGGGCGCUCCUGGCGCCCAGGGCGGGCCGCGGAGCCGGAGCGGGCACCAGAGGCCAUGGUGGGAGCGCUUGUCCGCCCCGGCGCCCGCUAAGCCCAUGCCGCGGCCCGGCCGCCCCUCCGGCGCCCGCCUGCGCCUCCUCCUGCUCCUGCCGCCGCUGCUUCUGCUCCCGGGCGGCCGCGCGGGCGACCUGACGGUGGCUGUGCUGCUGCCUCUGGCCAACACCUCGUACCCGUGGUCGUGGGCGCGCGUGGGACCGGCGGUGGAGCUGGCCCUGGCCCGGGUGAAGGCGCGGCCGGACUUGCUGCCGGGCUGGACAGUCCGCACGGUGCUGGGCAGCAGCGAGAGCGCUCUGGGCGUCUGCUCCGACACCGCCGCACCCCUGGCCGCCGUGGACCUCAAGUGGGAGCACAACCCCGCGGUGUUCCUGGGCCCCGGCUGCGUGUACGCCGCCGCCCCCGUGGGCCGCUUCACUGCGCACUGGCGGGUGCCGCUGCUGACCGCCGGCGCCCCGGCGGUGGGGUUCGGGGCCAAGGACGAGUACGCGCUGACCACCCGCGCCGGGCCCAGCCAUGCCAAGCUGGGCGACUUCGUGGCGGCUCUGCACCGACGGCUGGGCUGGGAGCGCCAGGCGCUAGUGCUGUACGCCUACCAGCCCCGCGACGACCAGCCCUGCUUCUUCGUGGUGGAGGGGCUGUACAUGCAGGUCCGCGACCGCCUCAACAUCACGGUGGACCACCUGGAGUUCGCCGAGGGCGACCGCGACCACUACACCAUGCUGCUGCGCACCGUGCGACGCAAAGGCCGAGUUGUCUACAUCUGCAGCUCCCCAGAUACCUUCAGAACCCUGAUGCUUCUGGCCCUGGAAGCUGGCCUGAGUGGGGAGGACUAUGUUUUCUUCCACCUGGACCUCUUUGGGCAAAGCCUGCAAGGAGCACACGGCCUUGCUCCCCACAGGCCCUGGGAGAGAGGGGACGGGCAGGAUGUCAGUGCCCACCAGGCGUUUCAGGCUGCCAAAAUCAUUACAUAUAAAGAGCCGGAUAAUCCUGAGUACUUGGAAUUCCUACAGAAGCUAAAACACUUGGCCCUUGAGCAGUUCAACUUCACCGUGGAGGAUGGCCUGGUGAACACCAUCCCAGCGUCCUUCCACGACGGGCUCCUGCUCUAUGUCCAGGCAGUGUCGGAGACUCUAGCACAUGGGGGAACUGUCACUGAUGGGGAGGGCAUCACUCAGCGGAUGUGGAACCGAAGCUUCCAAGGUGUGACAGGAUACCUGAAAAUGGACAGCAAUGGGGACCGGGAGACCGACUUCUCCCUCUGGGAUAUGGAUCCUGACACUGGCGCCUUCAGGGUUGUUCUGAACUUCAAUGGAACCUCCCAAGAGCUGGUGACCGUGUCAGGGUGCAAACUGAACUGGCCUCUGGGGUAUCCACCUCCUGAUGUCCCCAAAUGCGGUUUUGACAAUGAGGACCCAGCCUGCAACCAAGACCACUUGUCCACUCUGGAGGUGCUGGCUUUGGUGGGCAGCCUCUCACUGCUCAGCAUUCUGAUCGUCUCCUUCUUCAUAUACAGAAAGAUGCAGCUGGAGAAGGAACUGGCCUCAGAGCUGUGGCGGGUGCGUUGGGAGGACCUGCAGCCCAGUAGCCUAGAGAGGCACCUCCGGAGUGCAGGCAGCCGGCUGACCCUGAGCGGGAGAGGCUCCAAUUACGGCUCCCUGCUGACCACAGAGGGCCAGUUCCAAAUCUUUGCCAAGACAGCGUAUUAUAAGGGUAACCUCGUGGCUGUGAAACGUGUGAACCGUAAACGCAUUGAGCUGACGCGGGAAGUCCUGUUUGAGCUGAAGCAUAUGCGGGAUGUGCAGAACGAACACCUGACCAGGUUUGUGGGGGCCUGCACUGACCCCCCCAACAUCUGCAUCCUCACAGAGUACUGUCCCCGUGGGAGCUUGCAGGACAUCCUGGAGAAUGAGAGCAUCACCCUGGACUGGAUGUUCCGGUACUCGCUCACCCAUGACAUCGUCAAGGGUAUGCUGUUCCUGCACAAUGGGGCCAUUUGCUCCCAUGGGAACCUCAAGUCAUCCAACUGCGUGGUGGACGGGCGCUUCGUGCUCAAGAUCACUGACUACGGGCUGGAGAGCUUCAGGGACCCGGAGCCUGAGCAAGGACACACCCUCUAUGCCAAAAAGUUGUGGACAGCCCCUGAGCUCCUGCGAAUGGCCUCACCCCCUGCCCGGGGCUCCCAGGCUGGUGACGUGUACAGCUUUGGGAUCAUCCUUCAGGAGAUUGCCCUGAGGAGUGGUGUCUUCCAUGUGGAAGGUUUGGACCUCAGUCCCAAAGAGAUCAUCGAGCGUGUGACUCGGGGCGAACAGCCCCCCUUCCGGCCCUCCCUGGCCCUGCAGAGUCACCUGGAGGAACUGGGGCAGCUGAUGCAGCGCUGCUGGGCCGAGGACCCACAGGACCGGCCACCCUUCCAACAGAUCCGCUUGAUGCUGCGCAAAUUUAACAGAGAGAACAGCAGCAACAUCCUGGAUAACCUGCUGUCGCGCAUGGAACAGUACGCCAACAACCUGGAAGAGCUGGUGGAGGAGCGGACCCAGGCCUACCUGGAGGAGAAGCGCAAGGCGGAGGCCCUGCUCUACCAGAUUCUGCCUCACUCAGUGGCUGAGCAGCUGAAGCGCGGGGAGACGGUCCAGGCCGAAGCCUUUGACAGCGUCACCAUCUACUUCAGUGACAUUGUGGGUUUCACAGCCCUGUCGGCAGAGAGCACGCCCAUGCAGGUGGUGACCCUGCUCAACGACCUGUACACCUGCUUUGAUGCUGUCAUAGACAACUUUGAUGUCUACAAGGUGGAGACCAUUGGUGACGCCUACAUGGUGGUGUCCGGGCUCCCAGUGCGGAACGGGAGGCUGCACGCCCGCGAGGUGGCCCGCAUGGCCCUGGCGCUGCUGGAUGCGGUGCGCUCCUUCCGCAUCCGCCACCGGCCCCAGGAGCAGCUGCGCUUGCGCAUCGGCAUCCACACAGGACCCGUGUGUGCAGGUGUGGUAGGGCUGAAGAUGCCCCGUUACUGUCUCUUUGGGGACACAGUCAACACGGCCUCAAGAAUGGAGUCUAACGGGGAAGCCCUGAAGAUCCACUUGUCUUCUGAGACCAAGGCUGUCCUGGAGGAGUUUGGUGGUUUCGAGCUGGAGCUUCGAGGGGAUGUAGAAAUGAAGGGCAAAGGCAAAGUUCGGACCUACUGGCUACUGGGGGAGCGGGCAAGUAGCACUCGAGGCUGACCUGGCUCCCCUCCUGGCCUUUCACACCUCCCUUCCCUGUGCCAGAGGUAACAGAGAGGUGCCGGGUCUCAGCCUCGCCUGCAGUAUCCCCACCAUUGCCAAAGAAGUAGUUUGAACAGCUCAGAUAUACAGACCCCAGUGGAGACACCAGACAUUACCUCUGAAAGUGGAUUGGUACUGGGGGAGAACUUGGAGCUCACAGGACUGGACCAAAACUCACAGCCACGCCCAGG